AAGAAUAUAAUGUCAGGGUAGAGAAUUGGUAAUAUCAUAAUUUUGAAUGCCAUUUCAUCGGAGUUUAGUUGUUUCAAAGAAAUUGUUCUCUAGUUGAACGUGAACAAUCAAAUCAAUAGAUAAAACUAUCAUAUUAUCCACACCUAAGAGGAGAUUACCAUGAAUCCUUUGAUUUCUGCUGCUUCCGUUAUUGCUGCUGGAUUAUCCGUAGGCCUUGCUUCUAUUGGACCUGGCAUUGGUCAAGGCAUUGCUGCGGGACAAGCUAUUGAAGGUAUUGUGAGACAACCAGAGGCGGAGGGUAAAAUACGAGGCACCUUACUGCUAAGUUUAACUUUUAUGGAAGCUUUAACUAUUUAUGGAUUAGUUGUAGCUCUGGCACUUUUAUUUGCUAAUCCAUUUGUUUGAUCUCGGAGACCAAAAUCCGUAUUCUUCGGGAUUUUAAAGACCCCCCUCUAUCAAUUUUCUUGUUCAGCCAAUAGGGGGGGGGCUGAUCCAAAAUAGUGGACUUAUACUUCACUUGUUUCGGUCAGAAAGAUUUGCGACACUCGGAGAAGUAGAUAGAUAGAACAAAGUUUUUUUUCAUAAUUGUAUCCUUAUUUAUCGUUAUGCAGGACCUGGGACUUACUAAGUACUCGAAAUCUGCUUAUCCGAAAUUCGAAUAAUAGUAGGAUCAAGUCGGAGAAAAAACUUUGUAAAAGUAUCCUUAUCUAUGAGGGGAGAGCGUAUGAAAAAUGUAACUGAUUCUUUCAUUUCC